AUACCUGCCGCAAACGCACGUCUUACACUUAGAUAUAAUUAGCUAAUGAUAGGGUGUCUCUUAAAUGUACAAUUGCAAAGAUGAGGCCGGGUCUUGUACCUUGUGCCUUCAUCGACAAUAAGCCAAGAAGCCGAACCAAUUUUUUAUCUUUUAUACGUCAUAAGUUUUCUGUAAAAAAAAAUAAAAAAUAUGAAUGAGGAACUAACUUUAAGUCCAUACGGCCCGUCCCUUAUCGUCGCACAAGUUCAAUUAAGCGCCCUGCGGACGGCACUCCAACUAAUACUUUGUUAAUUAGAUUUAUUGUUGUAAAGAAUGCGCCACAAAAGCGGGAUCCGCAGAUCCAACUGUGGAUGCCCUUUCCUCGUGCUGGCUCACUUGUGCUCUCUGCUCAAUGUAUGCAUGUUAAUGAGCGUUUGAUUGGAUCAGAUGGAUGCAGUGAUUUAGGAACUGAAAAUAAAAUCACAUUUAUAUGCGACACGGGAGUAUUGUGCACUCUAUAGUAGUGUGUUAAAGCGAUCGGAUAUGUAUGUUUAGUGCAAAUGGAAGCGCCCAUGUCAGUGAUAAGGAAACAAGUAGAACAAUACACGACAAAUUUAUCUAUGGCGGGCUCUGUAGGGGCUGUAAGCGUAGGAGCAGUGUUUCCAAACAUUCUCCGUAUGCAAUUGACACAGGCUGACUCAGGCAGGUGUCUGUCUGGUGGAGAGUGAGAGCUCCCCAACCAGAUCCGUGACACUUUAGUUUUGGCUCUUCACGUAGCAGCAUCGCGGAUUUGGUUGUUCGUGGCUCAUCGCUCAUCAUGGCCUUUGUUAUGCACGUCACGCCGGCUAAAGGCCGCGGCUGGAACACGUUUCUGCUGUUCAUCUGUCUAAGCGUUACGGUGGGCACCACCAUUCCUGUGGGAUACUUCAUCGGCGUUCUCAAUGCACCGGCCGAGCUCAUCAAGCGCUGGUGUGAGGAUAUCCUGGCCAGCGAGUACGACACCAUCGUAAGCUCCAGCCAGCUAGAUAUACUGUGGACCAGCAUCGUCUCCAUCUAUCUGAUUGGGGGCAUUUGCGGGUCCUGUUUCAGCGCCUUGUGCAGCGACAAAUACGGCCGGAAGGGCUGUCUCAUGAUAAGCGGCGCGAUUCUCGUAGUUUGCGGCAUGCUUUUUACCUGGUGUCGGGCUGCCAAGUCAUUGGAGAUGCUGAUGGUUGGACGCUUCUUGGGCGGGAUCGCCUCUGCCUUGAUCUUCACCGCCCAGCCCAUGUAUCUGCUGGAGCUGGCUCCGUCAGAACUGAGCGGCAGUGUGGGCGUCUUCACCUGCAUUGGGGUGACGGGUGGCAUUUUGCUCGCACAAGUGGUGACCCUCUCCCAGUUGCUUGGCAACGAGAACCUGUGGCCCUACGCCCUGAGCUUCUACACACUGCUGGUGCUCGUCUCGCUGCUGCCCAUGUGGUGGUUUCCGGAGAGUCCUCGCUGGCUCUACCUGCACAAGGGCGACUCAGCCGGCAGUGAGCUAGCGCUGCGGCGUAUACGCGGCCAGGGGGCCGAGGAGGAAGUGCAGCGGGAACUACUCGAGAUGAAGGCCACGUUGGAGGCCCAGGCUCAGGCCAGCAGCAAGGAUAGCUCCCUAUGUCAGGUUCUGGGUGAUAGAGAGCUGUUUCUGCCCUUGCUUUUGGUCUGCUCCUUCCAAGCCACCCAACAGCUCAGUGGCAUCAAUGCUAUCUUCUUCUACUCCCUGUCCAUUCUGACUCAGGCGGGCUUCUCGCCGGAGGCAGCCACCUGGCUGAAUCUGGGCAUUGGCGGAUUCAAUCUGUGCACUUCCUUGCUGGGCCCGCUUCUGGUCCACAAGUUCCCGCGUCGUCCUCUGAUGAUGUUGUCCUGCGCCGUUUGCGCCCUUUCGCUUCUGGCCAUGUCCAUUGGUCUGUACUUCCUGGAAAGCUCGGGGAGCACGGUGCUGACCUAUUUCUGUGCUGCCUUCAUCCUCAUCUUCAUCCUGGGCUUCCAGAUUGGUUUAGGUCCCAUAGCCUACUUUAUUGGCUCUGAGCUGCUCGAGGACUCGCCCCGUCCAGUGGCCAUGUCGAUGGGCAGCCUCUUCUCCUGGAUUGGCAAUUUCCUGGUGGGCAUGUGCUUUCCCCUGCUCCAGAGCGUCUGGAGCUCCUUCGCGUUCAUGCCCUGCAUGUGCGUGUGCAUCUACUGCCUGCUGCUCACAUGGCGCUAUCUGCCGGAAACGCGAGGACGCGAGCCCAAAGAUGUCAAGCCGCUGAUGAGCCACGGACUACUCUCGAAACUGGACUAGAACUAUGGAUGGUCUUCAGUAAUCUACAUAUAUAUAAUCAGUAAUCAUUAUAAUCAGUAUAGUCACUUAAUAAAAAUCCAAAAUGCGACCAACAAUCGAUUUCGUGAUCAAA